AUGAUCAUGAUGCAAUCUCCGCCGCGCGGCAGUUUCACCGCAUAUGUUAUUGGCAAAGACUUUAAGUAUUUUAAUCAAGUAAAAUUAAAAGGUAUGAACGAAUCAGAAAAUGCAAAACUUAGCAAAAACGUAACUCAAGUACUUCACACAAAAAUCACUCAACACAGUUAUAAAUUAUUAGAGAGGGAGAUAGAUGAAAUCAACAAAUUAAAGCUGAUUAGCUGCGACGAUGAUGAUGAUGGCAAAUCAUUUGAAAAAAAAAAAAGAAUUGAUAUGCCAACGAGGCUAUUAAAGUGA